AUGGCUCUCGUUCUUCGUUAUGUGAACAAAGAAGGCAUUAUUAUAGAGCGAUUCCUUGGUAUUGUACAUGUAGCAAGUACUACCGCUUUGUCACUCAAGCAUGCUAUUGAAUGUUUACUUUGUGAACAUAAUUUGAGUUUAUCGAACCUACGUGGGCAAGGUUAUGACGGGGCUAGUAAUAUGCAAGGUGAUAUCAAUGGUCUCAAAACUUUAAUUUUGAAAGAGAACAAGUCAGCAUUUUAUGUCCAUUGUUUUGCUCAUCAACUUCAAUUGACACUUGUUGCUGUUGCUAAAAAUCACAUUAACAUUGCUGAAUUUUUUUAUGUGGUUAGUAAUUUAGUAACUGUUGUUGGAGGUUCUUGUAAGAGACGAGAUGCUCUUCGAGAUACACAAUUUGCCAAAAUUAAAGAAGAUUUAGAGAAUGGUGUUCGUAGAAGUGGGCAAGGUUUGAAUCAAGAGACAAAUCUUAAACGUCCUGGUGAUACACGUUGGGGAUCAUAUUAUGGGACCAUUCUCAGUUUGAUUUUGAUGUUCUCUGCAAUUGUUGAUGUGCUAGAGAUUAUUGAAGAAGAUGGCCUCUCCGACCAAAAAGUUGAAGCUCGAUCUAUUAUGAGUAAUUCAUUUGUGGCUUUCGAUAAGGAAAAGUUGAUACGUCUAGCUAAGUUCUAUCCUUCUGAUUUUCUUGGGACAGAUAUUUUGGCACUUGACUCUCAACUGCAGAAUUAUAUUUUUGAUAUGCGCAGCAAUGACUUCUUUUUAGAGCUUCAAGGAGUUAGUGAAUUUGCUGAAAAGUUGUGCACGCCAAAAGUAAAUUAUACAGAGUCAGACACUUGCCUUGCUGUCUCUGUGCCGCAUGUCCAUAUGGUCCACUGUGGUUUUGCCCUUAUGUUCACGUAUAACAUGUCGACAUUCUGA